CCCGCCUCCCUCACCAUGACAACGACAGAAUCUGAGCAUCACCGUAAGUGAGCGUCACCUGCGUCGCUCCUCUCGUCGUGGCAAACGAUUAUUUUGAGAAAUAUCGUUUUUCAAACCGGUAUAAGGCAGGAGGAGUGAAUGUCGGAGGGCCAGGGGCGCUAGGAGGGACCCCCAUGCCCGCCGGAGGCAGAGGGAGACGCCGCUAAGAGAGAGAACAACAUGGCUCUGCUGCAGCAUCCCCGUCCUCUCUUCUGCACCUCACUGCUGCUGCUGCUGCAGCUCUCCCUGCUCGGCAUCCACGCUCGCUCCUCCCCGAUAUCAGACUUGAAAUCCAAGAUCUCGGGGGUGGAGGAGCUGCUGGAGGAGUUCCGCAAGCAGCUGCAGCAGGACCAGGCGUACCGCGCCCCCGAGGCGGACUCGGACUCCUGCGCGGAGGACUUCUCCGCGGCGGGGGAGCGCAUCAUCCGGACCAAGGCCUCCAUCGAGCAGGGGGCCGCCUUCCUGCUGGCCCCGGCCGGGGUGCGCAGCUGGCGGGACUGCCUGCACGCCUGCUGCUCGCAGCCGCGCUGCACGGUGGCCGUGGUGCAGGAGCAGCCGGGCCAGCCCGGGGAGCCGCUCAGCUGCUACCUGUUCAACUGCACCUACCGGGGGGAAGACAUCUGCUCCUUCGCCCCGCAGCAGGGCUUCAGCACCUACAGCCGGACCCACAACUCCACCCGGGACCGGACCCCCGGGGGAGAGGCGGCCAGGCCCGGGGAAGGGCGUCCAGAUGGGGAGGAUGCUCAAGAUGAACCUCCUCGCAGCGACGCGGGCCAGGACGUGGUGAUCCAGCUGCCCACCGACUGGGCGGUGCUGGACGGCCGGGACAGUGUGGACGACCACGGGAUCAGUCAGUAUCAGUGGGCUCUUGUUAAGGGAGAGUCAGCCAUCAGCAUGAAGGCCACUCACCCGGGGCUGCUGAAGGUCAGUGGUCUCCGCGAGGGCGUCUACGCCUUCCAGAUGACAGUCACCGACAUGGCGGGUCAGAAGAGCUCGGACAACGUCUCCGUUACCGUGCUGGCACCAAAACAUCAAGCAGAAGUGUGCACCGGUCACUGCUCCAACUACCAGUUCAAGUGUGACGACGGCUGCUGUAUCGACAUCUCCUACGCCUGUGAUGGAAAACAGCACUGUCCAGACCGCUCCGAUGAAGACUUCUGCACAAACUUUGACAGUAGCCGAAAGUCAGUGACUCACCCUGCAGACCGCCCCGGUCCUCAAAGACCCCUGGUCCAGACAGAGCAGACGGAGGACGCCCCCAUGCUCCCACCCGGGCCCAGGAAGAACAUCACGCCACAAGACGGGAGCAAAGCUGCUCCAGCAGACCCCAGUCAGAAGGAGGCUUUAGACAGUCAAGAUCCAUGUGCUGCAGCUCCAGUGGUGGGACCUUGUAAAGGCACCUUUCCACGGUGGUACUACGAUCAAAACGCAGGAGAAUGCAAACACUUCCUGUACGGUGGUUGCCAGGGUAACCAUAACAACUUCCUCCAGGAGUCUGACUGUGUCAGUGAAUGCAUACAAAAAAGCCCAGCGUUCAGACCAGCAAGUACAGCUCCUCCAGUCACCAAACAGACUGAGAUAGCUGCACCUAAAGUCUCCCAAAGCCAAGAAGACACGGAUACACCCAUCACCAAACCUUUUCCAGUAAUGGGAGGACACCCAGCUCCAGAGUCAGGUGCAAUCCUCCCUCUAGCGCUCGGUCUACUCAUCACCGCUCUGCUGCUGCUCAUGAUUGGUUGUCGCCUCAGACUCGUUCGCCACAAACUGAAGAAAGCCCGACCCCUGACUACAGAGGAGUCAGAUUACCUCAUCAACGGCAUGUACCUGUAGCCCUCUGUGGGAGCGAUGCAGCACACCAGGCUGUCAUCGCUUUUGAACUGGAUGCUUCAAAUUUGCACUCUUUCCAGCCCAGCAUCAAAUGUAUCCUCAUUUCAGGUUGAAAAUAUCCCAACGCUCUGCUGUCUUGACCACCUGCACAUUUAACUAUUCUGGCUGGUACUGCAAAGCUGCUCCCCUCAGUCACUGACACAUAAUCAAAUACUUUUGUAAUAUUUAUGUUAUCCUAAGAAAAUCUGUUUGUGAGUCAGUAUAUGUCAUUAUUCCUUGGUCAAUAACAUAUUUUUCUGAGGG